AUUCCCAGCCCUCACCAAAACCUCCCCGAGCAACCGGCCGCCGCCGCCGCCGCCCGUCGUAGGAGGAGGAGGAGGAGGAGGCGGGGGAGGAAGAUGUCGUUCCGCGCGCGGGAGAUGUACAAGAAGGUGGUGCGCCGUGUGGGCGGCGAGGGGAAGCUGCCGGCGGAGCUGAUGGAGUCGGUGAAGAACAUGCUGCCCGACAGCAAGGUCGUCAUGGGCAGGGCCAAGCGCGGCAUCUACGCCGGCCGCCACAUCCAGUUCGGCAACAAGGUCUCCGAGGACGGCGGGAACAAGUCAAGGCGAACAUGGAAACCAAAUGUUCAGGAGAAGCGUCUUUUUAGCUAUAUCCAUGACCGGCACAUUAAAGUCAAGGUAACCACACAUGCGCUUCGGUGCAUUGACAAAGCUGGUGGGAUAGAUGAAUACCUCCUGAAGACACCUUACAACAAAAUGGAUACUGAGAUGGGGAUUGUCUGGAAGGCAAAGAUUGAGAAGAUGUAUUCACAGCUAGCUCAAAUGGAGGUUGGCUUCUUCCCUCCUGAGGAAGAGGCUAAGAUUGAACAAGGUUUUGAGGAGGUUAGAGCUGCCAAGAGAGAACACCGUAGGGAAGCAAGAAAAGCUUUGGCUAAACAGACUCAACUAGAAGCAGGUAACGCUGGUCCUGAGCAAACAGCUGGAGCUUCUUCUGAUGUUGCAGUGAAGUCUUAGUCUGGACAUGUCUGCUCGUCGUCAUUGGGGGCUUUUGUUGUCCAAAGUUACAAGUUGGAAGUUGGCAUAAUCUUGCAGGUGAAAAGGAGAAACAUUGAGUGCCGCUGAACAAAUAAUGGAACAUUUUUAUUUCAUAUAAAGCAGGGCGCAUAUCCUGAAAGUCAGUUAAUCUCUUUUUGCUGGGAGCAGCAGUGUAUUGUAAGCUGAAGUCUAAUACUUGUCUAUCAGCAUGUUGGUGUUGUAAGAAGCUGCAUAUUAACUGGAAAUUUUGUACAAUUACUGAAUACUCUAGCGUCAGAGUUCAGAUAAUUUUCUUGUAGAAUUUUGCAUCUUCUGCUACUGCCCAUUCAAGUUGAAUAUUGAAAUAAUCUAUGCCUGACUUGACACAUAGUAAUAUUCAAAAUUCU